AUGCAAUUUAAACAUGCAUUGCAGAAAAUUAUUUUCCGUCAAAAUAAAACUCUUCCAAGUGCAGGAAAACUUUUCCUGUGGCAGUUCUCUUGGAUUAUACCUUAUUUACUGUUGUCGAAUUAUUUGGAACGGAAUCUCUUUCCACUGCGUUUGUUAUGUUACACACAGUAUGAGUUGCUUAAGGUGCCGCAUGGUGAAAAAGUUGACUUGAGCUCCUGUUUGCGACAGUUCUUUCUUUCAUCAGAACAGAAAUUUAAUAAGACAAAGAAAUGCUUAUAUGAGGAAGCAUUUCGGAUUCUUAUAUCUCCAAGGAUUUCACAUCAUCUAGACAGAAUAAAUGUGGUUCGCAGUGCACCGUCGGCAUGUGAUUAUCGCAAUUAUGUCCGAGAAACGUGGAAAUCCGAUAUGGAGCCAGAUAUUCCUGUUAUUUUUGUUUUUGGUACUGGUGAAUACGAUCCAAAACAAGAAGCUGCAGUUUAUCGGGACAUCAUGCAAUUCGACUUUGUCGAUUCUUAUUUCAAUCUUACACUAAAAAUAAUUUUAGUAUAUAGGCAUUUAUUCAAAAAGUUUCCUCGUUUAGAAGAAAUUGUUAUGAUUAAUGACGACGCUAUUGCAAACGCCACUGCUAUAAGAAAAAUGAAUCGAAUGAAAGGCGCAUCGUUCCGUGGAAAAGUAUCACGCGGUUAUCCAAGACUAUUUCUGAGUUCGCUGUUAUGGUAUGUACCAUAUGAAAUGUAUCCAAAAUUGUGUUAUCCUCCGUUUGUACAGGGCUCAGGCCUUAUUAUAACACGUGAAGCAGCCCAGCGUAUACUGGAUGGCAUUUGUUCGUUCCCACUGUUUAAUCUCGACGAUGUUUUUAUGGGUAUUCUGGCCAGAUGUCUAAGUAUCAACAUGGAACACUAUGAUGGCUUCGAUGAGCAUCAUUCUGAUAAUACUUUUAUCGUUUUUCAUUACCAAUGGGCGCGGUACUCCGUGGCACGCCUACAUUUCUUGUAUAAGAAAGCACUUAAGGAUUUCUGA